UCCGGGAAAAUGGCGCCGAGCUCGAAAGCGGAGCGGGGCGGCCCCGGGGGGAAACGGGGGGCGGCGGGGGGAGCAGGGCCCGGGGCUGCACCCCGAGGCCGCCGGGAGCACCUCGUGAGGCAGCUGGACCGCGUCCGGCUCAGCGGGCAGCUUUCCCCCCGCCUGUUCCGGAAGCUUCCACCGCGCGUCUGCGUCACCCUCAAGAGCAUCGUGGAUGAGGAGUUCCUGUGGGCAGGGCACAUCUUCCUGGGUUUCUCCAAGUGUGGCCGCUACGUUCUGUCCUACACCAGCAGCUCCGGGGACGACGACUUCUCCUUCUACCUGUACCACCUGUACUGGUGGGAGUUCAACGUGCACAGCAAGCUGCGCCUGGUGCGCCAGGUGCGGCUGUUCCAGGACGAGGAGAUUUACAGCGACCUCUACCUGACGGUGUGCGAGUGGCCCGGGGACAGCGACAAGGUCAUCGUCUUUGGCUUCAACACGCGCUCGGCCCCGGGGCUGCAGGUGAACCUGAUGCUGAUGAGCGACGAGAACCACCGGGACAUCUACGUGAGCACCGUGGCUGUGCCACCACCACGGCACUGCCCGGCCUGCCAGAGGGCCAGGGAGACCCCCGGCGAAGCCCCCAGCCCCGCGUGCCUGCGCCACGGUUUCCUGCUGCACACCAAGUUCCAGGUGGUGUACCCCUUCCCCACCUUCCAGCCCGCCUUCCAGCUGCGCAAGGACCACGUGGUGCUGCUCAACACCAGCUUCUCCCUGGUGGCCUGCGCCAUCGCCGUGCACCCCGCGGGCGACAGCAGCUCCCAGCAGAUUCUCUACAGACGCCGGAACCUUCCAGAACCCCUGCUCCCCCCCCCCCCCCCCCCACAACAACAGCAGCCCCCCCAGGAGGGGCUGGAGGGGUCUGGGGUCUCCCCCCCACCCUCCCAACCCCCCCAGGGCCCCCCCAAAGCCGCAGCCCCCUCCCCAAAUCCGCCGCCAUCGCUGGCAGUGACCAAAGCCAAGGAGUUCGUGGCCGAUCUGUUCCGCAGGGCUCAGGGAAAUGAGGGGGGGUCCGGGGGGUCCCAGAGCCCGGGCGGGGACCCCUCCCCACCCUCCCCCUCCGGACCCCUCCCCACAAUAGCUGGGAGCCCCCCCGGAGACCCCUCCCCAGCCCAGCCCCCCCCCGAGCCCGGCUAUGUCAACUACACCAAGCUGUGCUACGUGCUGGAGCCGGGCGAGACCACCGCGGAUUUGGAGGACGACAAGAUCUCGCUGCCCUUCGUGGUGACCGACCUGAGCGGGCGCAGCCUGCGGCCCCUGCGCGACCCCGACACGGCCCCGGCACAGGGGCAGGUGCUGGCCGUGGAGCAGCUGAGCCUGGACUUCGAGUACGUGAUCAGCGAGGUGAUUCGGCGCGACGCCGCCUGGGGGCGCCAGUUCUGCUCCUUCAGCGACUACGACGUCGUCAUCCUGGAGGUGUGCCCUGAGACCAACCAGGUGCUGAUCAACAUCGGGCUGCUGCUGCUGGCCUUCCCCUGCCCCGAGCACGAGGGGCAGCUGCGCCCCCGGCCCCACCACACCAGCCUCAAGGUCUCGUGGGAUCUCAGCAGCGGCGCCUUCAGCACGGUGGGCGUGGGGGAGCUCACGGAGGUGCAGGGGCAGACCAGUGGCAGCGUGUGGAGCUCGUACCGCAAGGGCUGCGUUGACACCGUCAUGCGCUGGCUCGUGCCCGAGGCCCCCGGCCGGGGCGUGCACAGGAUGACCAACGAGGCCCUGCACAAGGGCUGUUCCCUGAAGGUUCUGGCUGACAACGAGCGCUACACCUGGAUCGUGCUGUGACACCGGGGACACACCUGGGGACACCUGGG